AUGGCGAUCAAGCAAGAGCAGGCGCCGGACAUGCAGGAGCCCGGCCGGGCGGCGAGCCCGGCGGCGGCGGCGCCCUCGCCGUCGCUGGCCGCGGCUUUGGCCGGGGAGAAGGACGCGGCGGCGGCGGCGGCGGAGGUCCUGCUGCAGGCGGAGCUGCUGAGCGGGCCGCCCUCGGCGCCCCCCUCGCCGGCCUCGCCGCCGGCGUCCGGCGCGCUGGCCUUCUCGCCGGAGCAGGUCGCCUGCGUGUGCGAGGCGCUGCAGCAGGGCGGCCACCUGGACCGGCUGGCGCGCUUCCUGUGGUCGCUGCCGCCUGGCGCGCUGCUGCGCGGCGGCGAGAGCCUGCUGAAGGCGCGGGCGCUGGUGGCCUUCCACCAGGGCCUCUUCGGCGAGCUGUACGGCAUCCUGGAGGGCCACAGCUUCGGCGCCGCCAGCCACCCGCUGCUGCAGGAGCUCUGGUACAAGGCGCGCUACGCCGAGGCCGAGCGGGCCCGCGGCCGCCCGCUGGGCGCCGUCGACAAGUACCGCCUGCGCAGGAAGUUCCCGCUGCCGCGCACCAUCUGGGACGGCGAGGAGACGGUCUACUGCUUCAAGGAGAAGUCGCGCAACGCGCUCAAGGAGCUCUACCGCCAGAACCGCUACCCGUCGCCCGCCGAGAAGCGCCACCUGGCCAAGCUCACCGGCCUCUCGCUCACGCAGGUCAGCAACUGGUUCAAGAACCGCCGCCAGCGCGACCGCAACCCGGCCGAGCCGCAGGCCAAGAGCGAGUCAGAUGGUAACCCCAGCACAGAAGACGAGUCCAGCAAGGGACAAGAGGAUUUAUCACCACAUCCCCUCACCAACACGUCUGACAGUGUUGCCAGCUUAAGCCUCCCUAGCCACAUGGAGCACAUCUACAUGCAACAGCUUGGAAACACCAAAAUCUCGUUAAGCUCUUCGGGAGUGUUGUUGAAUGGAAAUGUAGUGUCUGCCAGCCCGUCUCCAGUUUUUCUGAAUGGUACCUCUUUCAUUCAGGGCCCCAAUGGUGUCAUUCUCAAUGGACUCAACAUGGGGGCCUCGCAAACAGUAUCAUUAAAUCAGCCCAAAACGUCUCCUGGCGCGUUGAACAAUGGGGUUCCCAUGAGCGACAUACUUGCAUCUUCUUCCGAAGACGUGAAAGACUUCAAACUCCUUCAGACUUCCAUGUCCAGCUCUGCUGCGUCCUCAACGACCACCACCACGUACAGCCCCAGCUCCGUGCCUGCUUCUUUCCCGGGCUUGAUAUCAAGCAUGGAGGUGAAGAAGGAAGAAAGCGAGGAAGCCAUUGCCUCUCAAGAUGGAGGCUCUGUGGUUACUUUUACGGCCCCCGUCCAGAUAAACCAAUACGGCAUUGUCCAGAUCCCCAGUUCAGCAACAAAUGGCCAGUUACUUAACGGAGGGAUUGGGUUCUCGUCUUUACAGCUGUCUCCCGUUUCAGUGGCCUCUUCCCAAGGCAAUAUUUCAGUAAACCAGAGUUCAUCCGAUGGGGGUACUUUCACCAGCGAAUCUCCAACUGCACAACAAGGGAAGGUGUUUUUCAGCUCUCUUGCUCCCAGCGCAGUGGUGUACACAGUCCCCAACUCAAGCCAGACAAUCGGACCAGUUAAACAGGAAGGACUGCAAACAAGCCUUGUGUUUUCCCAAGUCAUGCCACUUGGUCAGAACAGCCAACUUCAUGAAAGCUUGUCUUCGGACAGCCUGCCCGGUGGAGGCCUUCAGGCGGGAGCCUCCUCGUUAGUAAACGUAACGUUGUCACAUAAUUUUUCUCUAGCACCACCUAAUCUCUUAAAUGCUGAAGAACUCAGCUCCGGCGUGCCCGAGAGUCCACCCCUGCCAUCCCCAGCGACAAGCGGGGCGACCGUCAUUUCCGUCAGCAACGCCAACUAUGCAACGCUUCAAAACUGCCCCCUUGUUGCCAGUCACGAUCUGAUGUCCAUUUCCACGACGCAGACAGCCCUGGGAGGGGUCAGUCCCACAACAAGCAAUCAUACUGAACACCAGUCGGUACAAGUUCACCCCAGCUUCGGCAGAGAACAGCGGCUAAUUCUGCAGUCUCUGCCUCACAUAAAGGAAAACUUCUUAUCUGAUGCUGACAGCAAAUCAGCCAGCAACUUAAUGAUGCUAGAUUCGAAAACCAAAUAUGUUAUGAGCAAUAUGGUUGAUGCAAUCUGUGAAGAGCUGGAAACGGACAAGAAGGAGCUUGCCAAACUCCAGACGGUACAGUUGGAUGAAGAUAUGCAAGACUUGUAAAUGUGUGUGUGGUUUUUUUCCCCUUCCUUUCUCCUUUCAUUUCAAUAGUCCUCCUCCUUACGAGGCCCGAGAAGCACAGAGUGUGUGUCAUCUAGUCAACAUAUGUAUAACGGAGACAACCCUCCAGAAGCACACAUCAAGUAUCCAUAUUUUAAAAUGAAGAGAUCGCCAUUAGCAAAACAAGAUUGCAGGCGUCGUCGUGCAUGCAGUAUAGCUUUGAAUAAUAGUACUCUGUUAGCUUACUUUAAAGGAGGGAAGGGAUCCCUCAGUCAGGCAUGGGAUGGUUUGGUUUACAAGUAUAAUCCAGAUAGUUUCACUAGAUGCACCCAACAUCAGUGUAUUUUUCAGAAGUUAUACCCUCCAAUAUAUAUAUUAUCUCUGUCUGUCUACAUUUUUAAUCCUGCCUUUCCUCCCGGGAGCUCAGAGCGGUGAACACGGUUCUCCUUCCUUACUUUAUUCUCACAACAACCCUGUCAGAUAUGCUACGCUGAGAGGAAGUGACAAGGCUGAGGUCAGUCAGUGAGCUUCCAUGGCAGAAUGAGGGUUAAUUUCAGUCUAAUACUACUACACCGCCAGGGC